UGUGCCCAAUGCGUGUAGUGGUGGUGGAGCGGGUUCUGGCUUGCUGGGAGGGUUUUCGCACCAAGGCUUGUGCUGGAGUUCAGGGCCGGGGGGCAGCCUGCUGAACACUGUGCCUACACGGGCACUCAUCCCGGCUCUCCCUAUGGGCCCCACAUACUGAGGGCAGGGCUGCUGCUGGCACUGAUUAAAUGCCCCAGUGGGUAGCGGGAGGAGCUCCCUCCUUUGUCUGUACCAGUUCUGCUAUUGAGAUUCCACGUCAUUUUGCCUGGGAGGAGGGCUGACUUUCCGUGAACCAGGGACUUCCUCUCCCUCAGUCAUGCAGGAGUCUCCUGGACUGGCUGGCUGCCCUAUGAAGUGGAAUCUGCUUUCCUUACUGCUGAGUAUUGCUGGACAACUGCCUGUAUUGUGCCCUUCAAUGCUCACCUUCUUGUAAGGCUGCCGGGCUCUGGAAUAUAUAUAUAGAGAGAGAAGACAUCCUUUAUUCCUAGCUGCUUGGAUUAAGUUCCUGGAUCAUGGCUUCAGUGUGGAAAAGGCUGCAGAGAGUGGGCAAGCAUGCCUCCAAAUUCCAGUUUGUGGCGUCCUACCAGGAGCUAAUGGUGGAAUGUACUAAAAAAUGGCAGCCAGAUAAAUUAGUUGUUGUGUGGACAAGAAGGAGCAGACGGAAAUCAUCCAAGGCUCACAGCUGGCAACCUGGAAUAAAAAAUCCUUACCGCGGGGUAGUUGUGUGGCCCGUCCCAGAGAAUGUUGAAAUCACUGUGACCCUCUUUAAGGAUCCUCAUGCAGAAGAGUUUGAAGACAAAGAAUGGACAUUUGUUAUAGAAAAUGAAUCUCCAUCUGGUCGCCGAAAAGCUCUCGCCACUAGUAAUAUCAAUAUGAAGCAAUAUGCAAGCCCAAUGCCUACUCAGACCGAUGUGAAGUUAAAAUUUAAGCCACUAUCAAAGAAAGUCGUGUCUGCUACUCUGCAGUUUUCAUUGUCAUGUAUCUUUCUAAGAGAAGGCAAAGCAACUGAUGAGGACAUGCAGAGCCUUGCAAGCCUGAUGAGCAUGAAACAAGCUGAUAUUGGGAAUCUGGAUGACUUUGAAGAAGACAAUGAAGAGGAUGAAGAGAACAGGGUGAACCAAGAGGAAAAAACUGCUAAAAUAACAGAAAUUGUAAACCAAUUGAAUGCCCUGAGCAACUUACACGAAGAUCAGGAUGACUGCAUAAAGCCUUCAGUUAAAUCAUCCGGUCCCUGUGAAGAACUUAUAAACAAGUUAAAUUUUCUGGAUGAGGAGGAACAGGAUUUGAGGAAUACCAGCUCAAACCCCUUUGAAAGUUCAGAUAUUGCAGAUUUUAAUCCCUUUGGAGAUCAAGAUGCUAAAGUCUGUUUAUCAGAAACCCCUGUCAAAAGAGCCCCAACAAACGAAGAGGAACUGUUCGAUGCAUACAAUCCAUUUAAGGAGCCAGAUCCCGAGUCACAAAUGUAUAUAAAUCCAUUUGAUGAACCAGAUCCAGAUCCUGACCCAGUUAUCGAACUUAAUAAAGAAUCUCGGCCACAGCCGGCGAAGAGAAAACAUGCUAGACCUGUGGACAUGAGCAAAUACCUCUAUGCUAACAGAGUCACAAAGGAAGAGGAUGAUCUUGAUGAGUCAAAUCCUUUUUAUGAACCAAAAGAGAGCCCAGAGUUAGGCCAAACAAGGGCCAUAAGGGACACAGAACCCGAAAAGAAGGCAAAGAGGAAAGCUCCAGCGCCUCCUGUAAUCUCACCAAAGAAAGAAGAGCCAGCAAGUGCACCUUUAGGUGUUCUUUUUGCAAAGGAUCUGACCUCUUCACCCAAGGCAAGUCCAAUACCAAGUCCUACUCUAGGACGGCAACCCAACGCUAGCCAGUCACUGCUUGUAUGGUGCAAAGAAGUCACGAAAACAUACAGAGGAGUUAAAAUUACAAAUUUUACUACAUCUUGGAGGAAUGGCUUGGCUUUCUGUGCAAUAUUACACCACUUCAGACCUGACCUGAUUGACUACAAGUCUCUCAAUCCUCAAGAUAUUAAAGAGAACAACAAAAAGGCUUACGAUGGAUUUGCCAGCAUCGGUAUAUCCAGAUUAUUGGAGCCAUCGGACAUGGUUUUGCUAGCUAUCCCGGACAAGCUGACCGUUAUGACCUACCUGUAUCAAAUCAGAGCGCAUUUUAGUGGACAAGAGCUUAAUGUGGUUCAGAUUGAAGAGAACAGCAGUAAAAGCACCUAUAAGGUGGGAAAUUAUGAGACCGACACAAAUAGCUCCAUUGAUCAGGAGAAGUUUUACGCAGAAGUCAGUGAUCUUAAUCAGGAGUCUGAAUCAGAACUUCAGGAGUCACAAACAACUGUGCCUGAUUUUGGUCCUAGUGAGAACUCUGUUUCAGUGACUGAUAAUAGGCUUGCAGACCAUGAAGACCAGAAGUUCUCAGUAGUUGAAACACCCAGCACUGAACAGGAAAACAUUUCCUCUAGGACUAAAGGUCAGUUAGAGUUGCAAAGCUCUAGUAGGACAAUUGAAUCCGAAGAACCAAGGAGAUUGGAAGUUAAAGAGGUCGUUCACACAAAAACACAGCCGCAGGUAGCUAAAAGAAAGUUACUGAAAGCUGAUGUUGGGGAUCUUAGUGACUUGACUCUCAUCCCAGAGCCUGAGAAAGAAGUCACUUCUAAAACAACAUUUGGGGACAAUUAUUUACCUCCUUUGCCAGAGAAACCAAAGCUAGUAUCUCCACUGGAAUGCAGUCUGGUUAGCGGAACUCAAGAACAUAUAUCAAGUAGAAUCCCUUCCGCUGUUAGUUUUGGAGAAGCACUUGACAAGAGUAGAGACCUUCUGUACAGAACCCCUUCUAUACCACAAACUGGGAUUAGUGCGAUUCUGGAUGCUGCAAAGUCUUCAUCUAAUAACGUUGAUCAAGCCUCAAAGACAACUGAGCAGCGAAUGCUGUCCAGGCAAGAAGAACUGAAGGAGAGAGCGCGGCUUUUGCUGGAGCAGGCCCGGAGAGACGCGGCGCUAAAAGCAGGGAACAAGCAAAAGAAUAAUAUCGCACCUUCCACGCGUGCAAAGCAACUAAGUGAACAGCAAGAUGAAGAGCGGCGCCGGCAGCUGAGAGAGAGAGCACGUCAGCUCAUCGCAGAAGCUCGAUCUGGAGUGAAGAUGUCAGAACUUCCCAGCUACAGCGAGACGUCUGCAGAAAAGUUGAAAGAAAGGGCAAAGACAUCUGGAGCUGAUGAUGAAAUUAACAAAGCACUAACAAAUGAGGAGGUCCUUGAUAAGAGCUUUGUGUGUGGUGGCGGUGAAUCUACUAACACAGACACUGAUCUCACUGCUGGACAAAACAGUCGUUCUGUGGACAUGAAAUUGAAGAGACUUCUGGAGGCUCAACCACAGGUGGCAAACUCUUUGUCCAACGCAGCCCAGAAAACCACCCCGGAAAGCCCUGACAAAGAGUUCAAGAAUGGCACAGAAGACGCACGCUCAGACAGGCAGCAGAAACCACCUGAUCGCUUCAAGAAUCCUGUUGUGUUCAAAGAUUCAACAGUCAGAAAGACCCAACUGCAGUCGUUCAGUCAAUAUGUGGAGAGCAGACCAGAGAUGAAAAGGCAGAGAUCAAUGCAGGAAGACACAAAGAGAGGGAACGAAGGAGCUGUGAUAAACGAAACCCAGAGGAGACCCUUCGAAGAUGAAGUGCUAAAUAAAGGGUUCAAAGACACCAGUCAGUAUGUAGUCGGAGAAUUGGCAGCACUAGAGAACGAGCAGAAUCAAAUUGACACCCGUGCCGCACUGGUGGAGAAGCGCCUCCGCUAUCUCAUGGACACAGGACGAAAUGCCGAGGAAGAGGAAGUUAUGAUGCAGGAGUGGUUCAUGCUCGUAAACAAGAAAAAUGCCCUUAUCAGACGGAUGAACCAGCUUUCUCUUCUGGAAAAGGAACACGAUCUCGAGAGAAGGUUUGAACUACUGAACAGAGAGUUACGGGCCAUGCUUGCAAUAGAAGACUGGCAGAAGACAGAAGCUCAGAAGAGACGGGAGCAGCUUCUUCUCGAUGAACUCGUUAUACUGGUUAAUAAGCGCGAUGCUUUGGUCAGAGAUUUGGAUGCCCAAGAAAAACAAGCUGAAGAAGAAGAUGAGCAUCUGGAAAGAACGCUAGAACAAAAUAAAGGGAAGAUGGCCAAGAAAGAAGAGAAAUGUGUCAUCCAGUAACCACUGUUUCCUCAUAUGGAUUGGAUUUUUGCCAUGUCCAUAUUUCCCUUGUGCAGCAUUGUUUAUUAAGUGACAUGGAGCCCAAAAGAGACAAUAACUUCAAUGUGCAAGAAAUAUCUUCUACAAAUGUCACCAGUUCAUUAUUCAUUUCCUGCAUCCAUUUUUUCUGUCUUUUUUUUUUUUAAACUUAAAAUGUUAAUCAAGCAGCUUGGUUCAAAACUAGAAUGCAAAGUUUUGUGCCAGUUCUAGUUCCUUUCUGGCACACAAGAGGUUAAUGUUCAUCACAAUUAAGUUUUCGGUUCUGUUUUCUUAUUGCACAUUAUUUUGUAUAGAAAGAUAUUUUAAAAAAUGGCAAGUGUGACCACCAGUUGAACUAGCCACAGAUUGCUACAAUAAUCUUCCUGCCACAGCUGAUGGCAUAGGAAGACGGUAAUAGGGGAUGUGAUGGGAGAGGGGGGAGGCAGGGCAGAUGAAUAUUGUUUUAAUUGAAUUAUGCCAGAGAAUUAAUAUGUGAAUGAAUUAAUGGAUUAAACUAGUCCUGCCAUUUUGUAAUAAUGUGUAAGCUACCUACCUUUUAAUUUGAAUGCUAUCCAUGUAAUGCUAUAUUUACAAGUGUUUAUUUGAGCCGCUACUUCACAUUUUAUUCUUGAAUAAUAUAAUAUAAUGAAGAUUGUGUAUGUUUUGCAGGAAAUCAUGUCUAACUAAUUCCUGCAGUUCUUCCAUAGGACGUUUGGCUCCAAAUCUUACAUCAGUUUACAUUUCUCAGUCACAUGGCUGAAUCCUAUAUUUUUAUUUG